AUGGGGAAAAUCAUCAUUUAUGAGCAUGCCAACUUCCAGGGUUACUCCAAAGAAUUCACCAGCGACAUUGCCAAUCUGAAAGACGUGGAUUGGAAUGACUGUGUCUCCUCAGUGAAGGUGACUGGCCAGCCUUGGGUGGCCUACGAGCACCUCAACUAUACGGGCCAGUUGCUGGUGUUUGAGGAGGGAGAACACGGCUUUGUUGGUGAGCAGAUGAACGACAAGAUCACUUCCCUACGGCUGAUCACGGAAAACCUGCACAAUCCCCAGAUCACUCUCUAUGAGCAUGCCCAGUACCAAGGGAAAUGCAGGGUGAUAAGAGAAGCCACUAAUCUAGGUAGGGGGCACGACAAUGACAUCAUCUCUUCUCACAAGGUUCAGAAAGGGGCCUGGCUGUUGUGCGAGCACAGCGAUGGAAGUGGCUUUCGUUACAUUGCGCGGGAAAACGAACACCUUCCGAAUUACAACGCGAUCCAUUUCAAUGACAAGCUUUCGUUUCUGCGUCCCCUUCUCCCUGGCAAGUGCUGUGGCUGUUAG